ACAAGUCUAGUUUAGCUGGCCCCUUUUCCAUGUCAUGUGAAAGAAUAACAAAAAGUUAGUAUACUAUUUUUGGAGUUGCUUGAGAUCAGGGAGUCUUUGGCGGGGUGGAAGUGAGGGAGAUUAGAUUCCCCUGUUUCUUUGUCUUUCUCCUGUUUCUCAUUAGAGAUCUAAAACAAAGCUUUAUCAACUCACACGUUUUCGGAACCAGCAUACGACAUCGUUUUGUUCCUUCUAGUUCAAUCAAGAGUAAUGUAAAAAGUCUUGGAGGAAGAGCCAUCUGUAAUAAAUAAAAAGUCCAUAUAAGAAUCUCAUUCAAUAUCAGGUCCUUCUGUUUAAAUCCUGAACGUGAUUGAUUCUUUUUGCUAUUCAUUUCCAGUAAUUUCACCAGAACGUGCGAUUGCGACUCCAUUUGGUUCCAAUCAGUUUGAGUUGACCAUUGAAUGUGAAGUGGAAGAAUUGAUAGUUAAGAGGUCUUCAAUAUAAUGCUCAAACAGAUUGGAUUGAAAGUGGGUCAUUGGACUCACAAGAAGAUCGGUGAUCCUCUUCUCCAAAUCCUCCGCAGGGGUUUAGAGCCGAAGCAAUUGGCAUUCUCUGGGGCUCUUGGCGUUACACUGGGUAUCUUUCCCAUCGUUGGGGUCCCUGUAUUUAUGUGCGGGUUAGCUAUUGCAGUACUUGGAUCCUCGUGUCAUGCACCAACUGUGUUCUUGGCCAAC